ACGCACGGCUGUGACGCAACGACAUCAGGAAGUGCGACGUUAGUUUUGUGCUUAUAGUGACUAAACUUCAGAGUUUACAGCAGCUGAAAAAAUGUCCGAACCGACGAAAAGCGACAUCUCUGCUAUUUUCAAACGUUUGCGAUCCUUACCGACGAAUAAGGUUUGUUUUGAUUGUUCAUUGAAGAAUCCGAGCUGGGCGAGCAUCACAUACGGUGUUUUUCUGUGUAUUGACUGUUCAGGGACUCAUCGCUCGCUCGGGGUUCAUCUGUCCUUCAUCAGAUCGACUGAAUUGGACUCAAACUGGUCGUGGUUUCAGCUGCGCUGUAUGCAAGUUGGUGGUAAUGCUAGUGCGAGCGCUUUUUUCAGUCAGCACGGUUGUAACGCCAACGCAGCCAACACCAAAUACAACAGCAGAGCGGCGGUCCUUUACAGAGAGAAAAUCAAAAACCUGGCAACACAAGCAACCAAACAACACGGCACAGAGUUAUGGUUGGACAGUCAAGCUCCUCUCUCACCCACAUCACCGCUGGACAAACAUCAGGAUUUCUUUACUCAACUCGCUCAGACCGCCCAACCCGAAAAACCUUUUGUUCAGCUGAACGUCAACCAGCCGAAGGAUUCAAGAGUUGAGGAUAAAAAUAACAAUGAUGACAGUCCAGCGGGUCCAAGUGUCCAUCAGCUCAAUGUCUCUUCAGACAGCACUUUAGAUCCGUCCUCUCUCAUAAAGAAAAAAAACACGGCCAAGAAAACGAUGGGCUCAAGGAAAGCGGGUCUGGGUGCACAGAAGGUGAGCAGUGCCAGUUUCUCAGCCCAACAGAAGAGAGCUCAAGCUGAAGAGAAACUUCAUGAAGAUCUCAACAGAAACAAUCAAACUGAUGAUCUCGCCGUUUCAUCUCUCAGUCUGGCGUAUGAGAGUUUUGAGGUUCAGAGGAAAAGAGAUGAUGUGAAAAUCAACCGUCUGGAGGGGAAUAAGAAGGAGCAGGCCGAGCGUCUGGGGAUGGGUUUCGGUGGCCGGAGUGGACAGUCUCACUCGGUGAUGGACGACAUGAAGAUCAUUCAGCAGGAGUCUCCAACUGUUUCCUCCUCAUCCUCUAAGAGCAGAACAUAUGAAGAUGAUGAUGAGGAGGAAGAGCGACGCUUCUCAAAGUUUACAGAUGAAGCUCCUGGGUCGUCUGAUCUCUUCUUCUCUCAGUGGACAGGAGCUAAAAAACAAGAGCACAGUAAACCAGAGCCUGAUUUCUAUCUGGAUACCAAAACAUCAUCAUCAGUCGAGAGAGCCUCAGCGAGGAGGAAAACUCAACCUGACGGGUCGGUCUCUGAUGACGCUCGCAAGAAAUUUGGAGACGUUAAAGCGAUUUCAUCAGACAUGUACUUCAACAAACAGGACAACUCUGAGUAUGAAGUUCGGGCUCGACUGGAGAAUUUUUCCGGGAGUUCCUCCAUCAGUUCAGCAGAUCUCUUUGAUGAGCAGAAGAAAUCAUCUGCCCCUAACAGUUCAUACAGGUUGAGUAACGUUCUGCCCUCCGUGCCCAACAUGACUCAGUUUAAGACGGGCGUCCGCUCGGUUGCAGGGAAACUGUCCGUCAUGGCCACAGACGUGGUGUCAAAUAUACAGGAUCGUUAUAAUACUUGAUCCCUCGCUGGACCCCAGAGAGAUUCACAUCACAGACACUAAAGGGUUAAAGGGAUGUAGCUUUAUAUCAAUCAUUAUGAAGGAUCUCCUGUAUGUACGAGCUUUCAUUUGCACGCUGUUGACCAAAUGAUUAUUCAACUCUUAUCGAGUGGAUUGCUUUAAUUUGGGGUUUAGGUCACUAUAAAGUCUGCUGUAUAUAUUUGAAUUAUUUAGCCUGACAACAUUUACUGUCAUUAUUAUACAUUUUGUCUCUUAUGUUUACUAUUUUCAAGUGCACUAUUCCAUCUACACGAUCAAGACAAUAAUAACAUCAUAAGAUGUGUUUAUAAAGUGCAAUAAUAAUAAAAACAUCAAUGUUCAAGAAAACACAUUUUCAUAAGAAUUAAUGUUAUGUUUGUUGACUGAAAGGGAUUUAUAUGUCUUAUAUUCAUGUCAUUGUAUAUCUAAAAUAAAUGUAUGAAUGACUUAAACAUUUUCUCUUAUAAAUCUGAGGUUUGAUUUAUUGUAAUGUUUAAUUUCCAUCAAGCGAUUGAAUAAAGAAGUUACUUGUCAAGCAUUUAAA